UUAUGGAAACAAAAUCUAUAUACAACAACUUAUGGAUUCUUUACAAAUCUGUACAACAAGUCAAGAUAAAUAUAGAAACAAAUCCGAAAUCGUAAAGACAAAGAUAAACUAUGUAAUUAAGGAUGUGUUUGUUUUGGAAAAAAAAAAAAGAGAAAUUAUGACAAGAGUAAAGAAAUUAGAAGAGCUCCACAGACACGUGUCCACUAUUUGAACGCCACUCUCUCUUCAUCUUCUCUCUCUCUCACAAUCCAAUUUCUCCAGAUAAAACCUAAUAAAUCCCUUUCUGCGCAUGUUAGCAAGAUAUGGUUCCAGGGUAAACUAAAGAAGACAAACACAAAACUCUUUCUCUCCUUCAAUUCCUCUCUCUCUCUCUCUCUCUCGCUGACUAUGGCCGAGUUACAGUUAGUAGAAGGUCACCAGAUUAACGGCGGUUUUAUCCCGCCGGCGAUAAUAAACUCAAUCGAAGCACCGGAAACAUCCGCCGCUGCCGGCGUUUCAGUCGGAUCGAAACGAUUGAGAAGACCUAGCGUUAGGUUAGGAGACAUCGGCGGUGACCAGUACCACCAACACGUGGUUGCGGCGUACGAUUCUCCGCAAGUGCGACGGCCGAAAUGGAGACCUAGUGGUGGUGGUGGUGGUAACAGGAAGGAGCCGAAUAAUCAGAGUGGGAAGACGACGUCUUCGUCGAGGACUCGAACUAUGACGAAUUUGAGCUCCGGUGGGUAUGAGAAUACUGGAACCCUAGAUGAAGAUCCGAUUUCGAUUGGGAGUUGGCGGGUUAAGAAAUGGGUCAAAUCAUCCGGUGGAGAGACAGCGGCGACGAAUACAGUAUCGGCGAAGCGAGUUCGGUCGAAUUGGGCGACGAGAAACGAUGGAGAUGAGAAAUUCAGUGGAGGAGAAGAGGGAGAAGAAGAAGAGGAAGAGGAAGAAGAAUUGGGAGAAGAAGGGUUUAGGGAUUUCAGCAGAGAAGAUUCGGAGAGUCCGAUGAAAGAACGAAGACGGUACGAGAAUAGAGAGGUUGAAUUGUUAGGAGAUUGGCAGAGUGGAGGAAGAGGAAAAGAAGGAGUGAAGAUUUGGUUACAAGAGUUAGGGUUAGGAAGAUAUUGGCCAAUGUUUGAGAUGCAUGAAGUUGAUGAACAAGUGUUACCAUUGUUGACAUUGGAGGAUCUUAAAGAUAUGGGGAUUAAUGCUGUUGGGUCUAGGAGGAAGAUGUAUUGUGCAAUUCAGAAGCUUGGGAGGGAGUUCUCGUGAAAAUGGUGGAAGAGUUUUGGUUUUUUUGUGACAGCCAUUGGCAAUGUAAGCUGCAAUGUCUGAAAGCUUAAUUCUCUCUUUUUAUGUUUUUUUGUUUGAAUGUAACAUUUUAGUCACAGUAGUGUUAGUUUGUUGUAAUAGUAGAGGAAGAUGAACAAGGAUUAACUCAUUUGUGAUUGUACCUUGUGGUUUUUAUGGUUUGGGAAAGUAUUGACUAAUUUAUCCUAAA